AUGGAGGCAGCGGGGGGCGGCAACAGCAGCGGCGGCGGCGGUGGGGGUGCUGAUGGCGGUUCGGCGCCGCUUCUGUCGCGCCACAGCCGCUCCUUCAUGCAGAAGAAGCUGCAGAAAGGUGCCAAGAAGGAGGACGGUGACAAGAGGCUGUUCCAAAAGUCGCUGACAGGAGGCUCAAAGUUCCAGCGCUCACUGCAGUGCCUGACGACGUUUGACUGCCCGGUGUGUCGUUUAAAGAACAGCGUGCGUGUGGACUUGCAUGCAAAGGAGCGGCAGGCCGUUGUACGCUGCACGUACUGUAUGUCGGUGUGCCCACGGCCGCGCGACCUGCCGUACCCGUACUCCGCGUCGUAUGUGCCGAAACUCGAGAAUCGCGCCGAUGUCUUCUUUAAGUUCAACGAGCUCUACCGCAGCCUGGCGAUGGCGGUGCCGACGGAGGGUGAGGAGCACGACGUGAGCGGCAGCAACGCUGUUGAGGCAUGCAACUACAGCGGGGACGGUGUCCUCGCGAUUUCCUCCAAUCUUCUCUCUUCUGCUGCUGCUGCUGCCGUUCAUGAAAAGACGGAGACAGACGCAGAUGGUGGCCACGACGACGAGGAGGAGGAGGAGGAGGAAGAGAUGGAAGACGAAGAGGUGGGAGAGGGGGAAAGAAAGAGCGA